AUGGGGACCAAACACCACACCACCACGUCCUACAACCCCACAGCCAACGGCAUGGUAAAGAGGGUCCACCGCUCUCUCAAGGCUUCUCUGAUGGCUUGUUGCAAAGGCCCCAACUGGAAGGCCCAGCACCCAUGGGUCCUCCUCGGCCUCCACACCGCCCCAAGAGCCAACGGAGACCCAUCCCCGGCAGAAAAGUUGUACGGAGAGACCAAGAAAAUGCCAGGCAAAUUCUUCCCUGCCGACAGCAACAACCCUGACAUUCCCCUACCAAGACUCCGAGCAGCAGCCCGGAAGUUCGUCCCCUGCCAAGAAACAUAUACCAACAGGAAGAAGCAGUUCCGCCCGAGUGCCUUGGACUCCUGCAGGUUUGUUUUCAUCAGGAACAACGCCACCCACCCGCCCUUGAUGUGGCCCUACUGGGACCCACACCGAGACGUCCACCAGGAAGAGAAGGCAUUCCUCAUUUCAAUCGUCGGCCGAUAG